UAUAUAAUAAUUAAAUUAAGUCUCAAAGAAAUUACUUUUCAUCACCAGUGUCUUAGAGAAUAAGUUUAAUUUCAGCCGCGUGUCCGGUCAAAACGAGUCGACCUACUCUCUGAGAUCUAUUUCCCGCAUUUCAGAACCAGCGAUAUAAUAAUUAUAAUUUAUAUUUAUAAUUAAUAAUUAAUUAUUGAAUCGGGAAAUUUUGUAACUGUGGUUCGUGGCUACUGGACACGAAGUAGCCAAGGUCACCGUUAUAUUAUUUCUAAAGAUAUUGAUGACGAUAAGUUAAAAAAAUAAUAUUUUAUACCAUUUCUUUCGGAUAAAUAAUAAUAAAAUGUACUAAAAUAUGUUCAAAAUCAUUCCAACUGUUAGUCUUAUUGGUCUCUCUUGAUCACCUCAUAAUUAAAUGCAACUUCAUCUUUAAUUUAAAUAUAAAUAAAAGAGCUGAUUCCAUUUUGAAAUUGAUCUAUAUAUCAAGAGGUUGAAAGUUAUAUUUGUAUAACUAUUUUUUAUACAAAAUUUUAUUUUAAAACAUUCUCAAAAUCUACCUGACCAAUCGAAUUUAAAUUCAUAGGGCUUCUGUUAAAUGUAGAAUCCUUUUAUAUUCCUUUGUAUCAUUUCAAUAGGACGGUUUGCUUAAAAGUUUUAAGAUAUUGAAACACAUACAUACACGCGCAGAAAUCCAUCUGGAAAUCAUCAGGAUAGCUUCUUAGGACUUAAAAACGUCAAAAUUUGAUAAAAACUCAAUUUUCGAAAAUCGGACUGAAAUCAUUAACUUCCCGAAUUUUCAUUGCGGGAAGUUAAAAAUUGUCCUAGGAUUUAAAUAUUAUCCAACCAUUGACAAAAUUGGUUGUUUCUAUUUAAUACCGGUCUCUUUGCGUAACGUCUUCAGAACAUAGAAAAAAAAAUUAUGGUUCUUCUAUCCAUGAUAUUAUAGUAAAACAUGUGUAGUAGCGAGUACUCGAUAUGUGCUAAAGGGCACUACAUAAAUAGUACUGAUUUUACUAUACGUGUGGUUCAGGUUAUUCCAAGAUAUAUAAGAUGCUAUGAACGUCGAGCUCACGGUUGUCCUGCUCGGGGAAAAAUAACAAAUGAUGAACUUGAUUUAUCGAUCGUUCAUAACCAUGUAAGAAAUCCUCAGUUGCAGAAAUAUUGCAUCUUUCAAGAUGCAUUGUUUAUUGCGGCAACGGCACGCCCUUAUAGAUCCCUGAAAGUUAUAUUUGACCAUUUGAGUGUGCAAAAUCAUGAAGCAGCGUCACAAUUCACAUGGCGGAAAAUGCAGCCGCUUAUGGAAAGUUGGCGCCGCAGUGACCGACCACCUCGUCCACCGAUUCCAAGCAAUCUACAACAGUUUGCCGAUUUUUUAAACAUGCCACAGUGGGCCUAUAAUUAACUUUACUAUGAAUAAUUUUUAGUUUUAAAUAAUUCACCAGAAAUAAUAAAUAUAAUCAUAAAUUUUAACGAUUUGAGAAAAAUCUCUGCUCCAAUUUUUUAAAUGUACAUCAAUAAUAAAUUAUGAAGCAGAAAAAUUAAUUAUUUAAUUAAUAAAAUUUUACUGAAGUAAUCAUUACAGAAAAAAAAAUUAAUCAGUUGAUAAUAAAAUAAUUGCACAUUAAAUUUUUGUCAAUAAACAAUUAAAUUAUUGCACUUCAGUUUAAUGGUACGGUGUUACAAAUUUUUUUUAAUUAGUUGGAUUUAUUUUUUAAUUAAUGAACACGGGGUAAUCGAUAUUCACAAUCGAUAUAA